AUGAACGUGCAGCACCAAGACCUUCCUCCGGAGGUAGGUGCUUGUGCAGCAGAAGCGAUUUCAAUUUCUUCGUCGUCUCACCUUCAUCAUGAUAUCUUUGUACAAAAUUUGUCGGAGUCUCAUGGACACAAUAAACAGUCCAUAACACAAUUCUCAAAGGAAAAAGCCACAAUCAGUCCAAAAUUAAAUCAUAUGGAUCCAAAAGAGAAGCAAAAUUUUCGAAACAAGAUGCCAUGUAUACAAUGUCCAUUCCCUCUGUGGAUAUGGAUUCAAUCUUCGUUAUCGUCAGUUAAGGAUGGUGUUGUAAGAUCAUGUAAAUCUAUGCCUCCUCUCGUUACCAUCAUGAAUGUCCUGGUUGUCUUUUUCUUGCUUCAACUCUUCAUUAGUGUGGGUACAGUAAUAAUUGUGAUCGGUAAUGAAGGUGCAAGGUGGAUCCGAACUGCGGAAGCAAUGGCUCACGAACAAGCAUUCCAAAAAGUAAAGAAUGCACUCUUUAAUUUUAUAGCACCCUCGGAAGUGGUCAUAACAACCUUCCAUAAUCAUUUUCCUUCGUUUGGGCUAGACCCUUCCUGCCACACCACUUGGGCUAAAUUGUUCGCAUUGGCAAGCAUUCAGGAUCCACAUAUCAAAAACAUGUAUUUUGGGGAUAAACAGAAACGUUGGUCACAAUUUCAGAGAGGGCAAGAAAGCUCAAGCUUUGUGACUAUUCCCUGUUUUGGACCCAAUUCAUUCCUCUCACUCUCCCAGGUUACAGAAUGCCAAUUGUCACACUUAAAGUAUAACGUCAGCAACACUGGAGUUAUCCUUUCGUCAGAAUUUAUAUAUGAAAAUGAUAAUCUUAAGGAUGUCACAAGCAUGGAGUGGUAUCAACUCAUUACUCAAUCGUUCAAUAUUUCAUCCCAAAAGGGUUUUGAAAAUGUGAUACAUUUGCCACUUAGACAAAAGUACUCCAUGUGGAGUGAUGUUGUUGAAAGUUCUAAAGAACUCUCUACAUUUGUAUCGCUGUUGGUACGAGAUCCAGUGAAUGGUUCAUUUGUGGGGGUGGCCGCUCUUGAGUAUGGCCUUGCUGAAUUACACGACUACAUGUCAAGUGUUUUAGACAUACCUCAUGCAGUAAUAGUGCUUGACAAAUGUAACCAUAUUUUGGCAGCAUCUUUAAAACUAAGUGCUUUUUCUUCCUUUGAGCCAUCAUUAACCACCAUUCAAACCUUUCCACAUGAUUUCAAUAAUCAUUCAUUAUUCCAGAAAAUAUUUCAUGAAAUACAAGAGGAAGAAGAAUCGUUUCGAUUCAAUCACACAAAUGUGAAACUCACUGUGCAAAAUAGACUCAACGGAACGACAGUUUUAUACGACUACUCGAUCAGUAUUAUUAUUUCCGACAAUAUUGUUUUGAAAGCCAUUGUAAUUACUGAACAUUUUCAAUUUUUUGUAUCUACCAUUAACAAUAGUGUCACAGGAUGGAUCAUUUUAAUUCUGAUUUUAAGUCUUUGUAUUGUGGUUUUGUUGAUUGUAUUGAAGACCAUUACGCAUCCUUUACAUCGGUUGAGUAAGAAAAUGACAAAUAUGCUCCAUUUGGAUCGAGCUUUAUCUGUGAAAGUUGAGCCCUCUUCACUGCUCGGUGAUGUCAAAAUCAUGGAAACAGCAUUGGAGAAAUUUCGAAAAGCAUUGUUGUAUUUUUCCUUGAUUAUUCCUGAGCAUAUUGUGAGAAACAUUCUUACCGUGCAAGAUGAAUCAGAAUUGUUUUCACCUAAAAGGCAGUUUAUGAGUUUGAUAGUUCUUGAACUGAAUGGUUUUAAUGAAUUUCAACAACAUGUUGGAAACGCUGUUUUUAGCAACGUUUUAAGGAAACUCAUAACAGAAGUUACAACCGCAAUACAUUACAAUGAAGGAUUCGUAUUGGAUAUGUCCAUUAAGAAUGGGAUUAAAUUAUUUGCUUGUUGGAACGAUGAGUCUGCUCCCAUUGAAAACCAUGAGAUUAGAGCAACAGCAGCAACUUUGGAAAUCAACAAGAUGAUUGACGACAGUAUUGAGAUGAUAAAGCAUGAGUGGAAUCAUCCAACACUUCAUCUUUCGUUUAGAACAGCAAUUGCAACAGGAUUCAUAGAUAUUGGUUUGAUUGGAUCCAUCAACUCGAGAAUUAAUAUCGCAUGCUUUGGAGAGGUAGUGGCUGUUGGUGACCUUCUUCUUGAACAAUGCGGAAACAAUGAAGUGGUACUCUGUGAAAACGUUUACAGGAAAGUGCAACACAUGUUUCUAUGCUAUUUUCUGCAAAAACUUCCAUACCAAUCCACCUUACGCAAUGAAAAAUAUAGCGAAAUGAAUGUUUAUGUAUUGAAAAAGUACUUGAAAGAAUCAAACGGUGCAGUCAUUAUGCCUUUAGAUGAUUACUUGAUUGGAGAGGCAAGAUUGUAUCAAUUCUAUCCUUCUGGAGAGAGCGAUACGGAAAAGAAGGUGAAAGCUUUACUGGAAAAGAAGAUUGCUCUCUACAAUGAACAACAAAAUCAAAAGUAA